UUUCCGCAUUGAAGGCAUGCAUUUACAGUAGCUAGCUAUUAACUUGUUUCGCCGUAUAAAAGCUAUACUAACAUUACAUUUAUUUGUAACCUGUUGAUAGCGGCAAUGAACAGUGAAGGUAUCAAGGCGAUAUUGCUCGACUUGGAUAACACGCUCAUUGAUACAGCGGGUGCCGGUGGAGUGGCCAUUCAAAAAGUCACGGAGCUCUUGAAGACAACAUUAGACCAUGAACACACCAUUGCCAUUUGUGACAGAUUUAAGCACAAGCUCCAUCACGAGACCUUUGACCCAGCUGGUGGUAGGACAAUAGAUGAGGUGCGGAUCAGCCACUGGGAGGAGAGCAUCCAGGAGGUUAUGGAUGGGAGUCCCAGCUCUAACCCCACCCUUGCCAGUGAGUGCUACUACCAAUGGAAGAACACUCGCCUGGAGCUUCUAACCAUAACACCUCCAGUACUUACCCUGCUGAAGCAGCUGAGGACCAGCCACAAACUGCUGCUGCUGACCAAUGGAGAGACCCAGACACAGAGGGAGAAGGUAGUGGCGUUGGGGUGUCAGGGGCUGUUUGAUGCUGUGGUGGUGGGGGGAGAGCAUGCAGAAGAGAAGCCAGCCCGCUCCAUCUUCAACCAUUGCUUUGGCCUGCUCGCGGUGCAGGCUCACGACUGUGUUAUGGUGGGAGACUCCCUGGACACAGACAUUGUCGGGGGGUUUAAUGCAGGGGUUAGAGCCACAGUGUGGAUUAAUAACGGAGGGGUGUGUCCACCUGAGGGAUCUGUCAAUCCAGACUACACCAUUCCCUCUGUGCUGGAUUUACCUGAGGUGCUGGCCAAGUUUAAGUGAAAGUACGGGGAACAAUGUCUAAACCAAUCACAUGAAGAUUGUUUCCAAAGGCCUGAGUUAAUGAAAACACUUUUUUUUUUUGUAAAAGGGAUUGUCAAAAUCAAAAUCAUCUUAUUUUCUUUCAUAUUCAAUCUGGAUGAAAGACAAAAUUACUUUACAGCAACAAUUAUUUGCUUACCUAUCAAAAUUCUGUUUCAUUGUUCAUUGUCUCUACUCUCUAAUGCAGCUAAUGUAUAAUUCUGUCAAUUUAUGUUAUCUGUUGGUGGAGGUAGGUAUUACAUAUAGUUUACUGGAAAUAUGAAGCUGAAGCCUGUGCACAGGUCCGAAACAACUGAGCCACUUGAAUGUGUCGUGAUUGUCAUUCUGAAAAGUAAAUGUCAAAACUCACUUUCCCUAGUGGUCACAUGAAUCAACUUUGUCUAAUGCUUAAAAUACACCAUCAAAGUGUAUUUUCUUACAGAAUGUCACUCUAAAUAGACUGAUUGACAGUAUUGUAUGCUGAUAAAUACUCUGAGGGAAAAUGUACUUGAUAUGAUUGUGAUGUGUUGUCUCACCUAGCCCCCUUAAGAUGAAUGUACUAAUUAUAAGUCUCUGUGUAUAGAGCGUCUGCAAAAUGACAAAUGUUAUUUAUAUAUUACAGUUACUGUGCAAUAUCUUUAAAAAAAAAUGGUAGAUUCCAACUAUCCUUUGACUUA